AGACAAAACUAUCUUUGCCUUGCGACUGCCUCCCUCCCCACCACCACCACCACCACCACCAUACCGCCGCCAUGUUUCGUUUCACCCAGCUUGUCUUUGUCGCCGCUACCUGGUCCCUUGCCGCUGCGCACACGGUUCUGGUCUACCCGCCAUGGAGAGGAAACAACAUCCACACAAACGGCACCCUGUCUCCCACGGACCCGACUAUCCCAAAUGGGUCGCUUGGAAUGAACUACGACAAAGACACCGACUCGUAUGGGUUUCCAUAUGGCAUGCAGUGGAUGUACCCUUGCGGAGGAAUGCCAACCUCGCGUAACCGAACAAAGUGGCCCCUCCUGGGUGGCGCCGUUUCUGUUCAACCAGGAUGGUUCCCUGGCCAUGCCCUCGCUCAAAUCUACAUCAACAUGGGAUACGGCAACGAGCCUCUGAACUAUUCACAUACCAUGCUGCCCGUUUUCCAGAUUACCGGACCCACGAACCAGGAAUACGGAGGCCAGUUUUGCUUGCCCCAAGUACCAUUACCCGCCAACUACACGCCUAAAGUCGGAGACAAUGCCACCAUCCAGGUCAUUGAGCUGGCGCAGCACGGCGCUGCCCUCUACAACUGCGCCGACAUCACAUUUGCUGAACCAGGAGACCCAGAAAUACCAGAGGUCAACGCAACAAACUGCAUAAACACAACCGAACCAGACCAGAGAAUUGGCUUCCAAGUUCUAUACGCAACAACAUCAUCGCGAGCUCCACACGCCAUUGUCGUAAACGGUUAUGCAUCAAUACUAGUACCAGCAAUGCUUGCGACAGCAUCCUGGUUAACAUGGGUCGUUUAAGAAGUCAACUUGCUGUUUUUUGUUUUUGUUUUUUUAUAUCACGGGCAUGGCGUUGGGUGGACAAGAUAUCCGGUUUUUUGUUGAAGCGACAGAGUCCCAGUUGGAACAUACGCAAUCAGGGGGGGGGGGCUUUUCAGUUGAGAGCCAUGCAAGGCUGAAGAACAGCUUGAACCGCCCUUUCUUUCUUUCCAAACCGCACAUGAAGCGCUGCAGCCCGCUGUGGCUUUGCUGAUGAAAUGCUAAUCAUAAAUUCUUACACAAUCAUUCUAUUUUUACCAAGUCACAUUGAGGACUUGAUGAUGAU